CGCAUUCGAGAGAAGUUUUCGUCGUGACUACUCGAAGUAUCUUUUGCACGUCGUUCUUUUCAAUGUGAGGUUUCUACGCAUUCAACAUUACGAUAAGCCAUGGCUUGGAACUAUCACCGAUUUGCAAUUUGUUUCAUGGUGCUGUUACAGUUAUCGGUGGCAUAUGAUAUGCUGACAGCAGCCAGAUGCCAAGCUCGAUGUCUUACGUUAUUUCUAGACGUGCGAGGAGAAAACGUGAAACCGAAUGAACCAUCGAGGAAGCUCUCAGAGGAUGGCAGGGCGGAAAAAGUGAAGACGGCCACCUCAUACGGAAUCAUUUGUGCAGACGAUGCUAACUGUAGCUCGUGUGUGCGGCCAUGCGACGAGGUAUUCUCUGCCUAUCUAGCCUGUUCGACCCUAUGCAAGGAGAUCGCGACGCCGGAGCUAUGCUUUCUGUCGUGCAGCUUCCUGAAGAACGUGACGACGUAUAAGCCGGGCCGCUGUCCGGCGAUCAGCGAGGUGACCGGUUUCGCAGCGGCCUGCGUGAAGAGCUGCAACAAGGACGGAGACUGCGACUCGAGCAGGAAGUGCUGCGAGAACGGAUGCGGUCGCACGUGCCAGGACCCCGUCGGUCAACUGGAAGGUCUACCGGACAUACCAGAGAACCUAACUGUGAUGGAGAGGAAAAUUGGCACAUCGUUUCAGCUAGACUGGGACGUUGUCGAUGAUUUGGAAACAUCGGAGCCGAUCGUGUUUGUCGUUGAAGGCAAGUCUAACAUCGGCAGGCAUCACAGUGAACACCACAUGGCGCGCUGGGAGUACCUGGGCAAGACGACAAUGCGUACAAUGAAAAUACUAAAAGAUGUGCUGCCAGGUCACUGGUAUGAAUUCAAAGUAGCAGCUGUGAACAGGAAUGGCACCAAAGGAUAUUCAGGCAAAAGCAAACCGAUUACGUUAUCAAAAGAGCCAGAGCCGCCACAUGUGCCGGUCAACCUGACGGUAGGUGAGACGCGCAUCAUCAACGGUAAAGUGUCGUUGACGGUGCAUUGGGAGGAGCCAGUAAGCGACCUGCCUGUCGUUCGAUACAAGGUCUACUGGAGCAAGCGGUUGAGUGUCGUCAGUCCGACGCUUGUCUCGCUACAGGAGUACAAGAAAGCUGUGUCAUCUGACAAGUCAUCAUACACGAUAACGGAGCUGCUCCCAAACACACCAUACAACAUACAGGUGCAAGCAUUUUCACAGUAUGGAGACACGAGGCUGCGAGGUGACAGGACGUCAGUUGACAUCACUACACCACCGCUGGAGAAUGGGGGCAAUGUAGUAACUGGUCCAGUUCUUUUUGUCCAUCCCUCACUCGGUGCAGCUGUGAAUGUCACGAUAGAGGUUCCAUAUUUCCAGAAUGGGCUGCUCAAAGCUCGGGUCACCUGGGCUUAUCCACCAGGGUCCAGAGCAUUGGUCAACAAGUUUCUCAUUCACUGGGCUCCUGGGGUAUGUCUGGGUCGCACAGCCAAUGGAGAGAAUGUCAUUACCAAGACACUAGGAGGGACCACACAUGAACCAUUCUUUGACGUUUAUGAUCUUCGCUACAACUGCCGGUACACAGUUACUAUUCAACCUACAACAGAAGAUGCUCAGAUUGGAAGACGAACAUCAGUUGAGUUUCAUACUCCUGCUUGUGGUGAUGCAAUCAUUGUAGGUGACAUCACACCUGACUGCCCAACACCUGCACCUGGUCAACCCUCUGCCCCCGAGAAUGUUACACACAUGAUCAUCAUAAGCCCGGAUAACAUUAUAUCUGCGACAAUACAGUGGGAUAUGCCGGGCCAGUCUGAUAGGCCUGUCACUGGUUAUCGCAUCAUUUAUGGCAAGAAGCCAUCAUUCCUUGACAAAUUGGAAAUUGUGUCAAAGGAGAAACAUUCUAUAACGCUACACGGACUGCAUCAAGCAACAGACUACAUGGUCAAAGUGCAGGCGGUCUCAGAAGUAGGCUUGGGGCAGCUUGCCCACCUAGAGUUUAGCACACCUAAGUUUCACUCAACAAAGGCUGAUGAUGUUCACAUUGCAGAUGACGACAUCCCAUCAUCGACACAUAAAAGCUAUGAUGGAGGAGGUGAGGAAACACCGGAGGUAAAGCCGCAAUUAAAAUCCAGGGAGACUGUACAAGUGCUUUCAGAGAUGUCACGCAGAAACCGCGCAUCUCUGAGUAGAAGCACCUCGUCAAAUAUUGUAUCGUUGUUAAUCUCAGUGAUAACUUUAAUGCAAUUCAUGAUGCAGGGCAGAAGCUAAUACAUAUACCUGCCUUUUGAUGGUGUAUAUUUAGUAAAUUUGAUACAUCGGUAUUGGCUUACGUCAAGUAAUACCUGCUUUUUUAUUUAGAUCUACGCGUACACUGCUGCUACUAUUACAUUUAUUGUUUAUGGUAUCAAAUUUGUAUCAUUUUCAGUUAUCACAGCUGGUGCUAGGGUGCACGUACAUAUUACUGUCCGUGGCCUUGUAUGUAGAGCUUAAUGAUGUCAGGUAGAGACGAAUGAAAUACAUAAUUAUGCAGUUGUGUGUGAAAUGAGAGUUGUGUCGUUUGGUAAGCAUGUCUUUUGUAAUUAGGGUAAAGCAACCUUAAAUGAGUAUGAUUGUUCCAUCUCUCUGAUAAUGGUUUGCUUCAAUACUGUGCAAUUUUUUGUGAACAUAUGGAGAUAGUUGCGUUUUUAAGUGAUUAGUAGUUAAUGUAAGUGGUGAUUGAACCGAUCUAGACACUCACAUACAUAUAUACUUCAGUUAGGCCAGCAAGUGCCUAGUAUGUGUGUAAGCGUGUUGUGAUCUGCACCACCACUAGUAGAUUCGUGUCAUUUACACAAUGCUAAACAUUCCAACAGUGUGCAAUCUUAAUGGGGGCACUGUGUACUUUUGCCUUGAGAUUUUUAUUGUAAUACUAUGGAUAUAUAGUAUUGUAUAGCAGAUUGGUGUUACGUUUAUUCUUAAAGCAAUUCUAAUAGACUGUACCUAGUCUGUUUUCCAGACUCAUGCAUGAGAUUGAGUGAUGACUGCAGUAUACGUGCUCUGGAUGAAAUUAAGACAAUUAAGGCAGCAUUGCCCAGGGAAUUAUACUAGAAUAGAUGGACCCCACUGCACGUGCAGUGUGAAAGUAUCAUAAGUAUUCACUUUGUGCAAAUACAAUAUGCUUCGUCAUUAUUUCAUUUAAAAUCUCAUAUUUAAUAACAUGGGUCCAUAUUCUUGUCAGUGCUUGGCAAGCGCUGAGGUAGGUAUGACCAUAAACACGCAUACACGCAUGCACGCACACACAAAGACAUAUUCUCAUUGUAUAAAUAUGUAUACAUUGUAUAGGUAUAUUCACGGUAUAACUGUAUAUUUACACAUGGAACCCAACCAGGCAGUGUGAUAUAGCCGAGAAAUUCUGACGUGAGAACAAAUUUAAAUUGAAAACAUGUCCCUUAAUUACUACCAUGCCUAUAAUUUCCCGUUCAUUACUACCCUACAAUUUUAAUGCAUACGCCUGUUGCAAACGCGCAUAACAUGCGCAGUCAGCAUAUAUCUAAACACCGUAUCCACGUAGUUCUUGUACGUACGUACGUACGUAGAACAUUGUAGUGUCUUCGUAACAGCGCAAAAUACUACGCUUCUAUGCAAAUUUAAUUUGUUUUGCAUGAAAGUAACCUGAAACCACUUUACAGUUCAUUUAAUUGUAGCUAUUGGGCACAGGCACGUAUUAGAAAGAAGAGUUAGCAACGAUCGUAAAUGUCCAAACACUGACCAUGGGCUUGUACCCCAUUAAUUAUCAUUGAUAUUAUCAUUCAUGUGAACUUGCUCUAUUAAUGGAAAUUCAUGCACCUAAGAUACUAUAGCUGCUAGCUCCCGCCACUCAUCGUUGCGUAAUCUAGGCAACAGGGAAUCAGGCGAUAUGCAGUCUGCAAUGAAAUUCAAUAGCCAGAUUCUUAUACCAGCAGUUCCACUUUCGAUCUAUUUAUGGACCGACCAUGCAAUGGACAAACAUGAACUGACCAAAAACCAUUCACUCAAAUGUAUCAGAAGUGGAAUCUUUUUGUGCAUCUGUUAUGCUGAUAGAGCAGCUGAAAAGUAUGUAAUAUACAGUCGUACGAAUUUUUCGAUAUAAUUGUCCCAUUUAUCAUAUAAGGCAUAUGCCCCUAUGGCCAUAGGCCCACUAAGGCAUAUAUGCCUAUAGCGUCAGAGGUGUUUAAAUAUUAAAAAAAUAGUAUAUCAUUUAUUGAAAUUUAAUGAAAUAUUCCUGUGUUAGCAUAUUGUUAACAUGUGGUUUGUAGUCUGUGUAUGUACAUGUUAAAGCUGUGAUCGAGAUAUUUUCAGGUUUUAUUUUACUCAUUAAUUGAGAUGAAUUUGACCUUUUUGUCAUUCCUUUUAGUGUACCCGGGUACGUAGUUUAUGUGACAAAUUUCCUGUAAGACCAACUUAUUUUUUAUGCAUGUAGGUACCGGUAACACAAAGCAGGUAAAUAUCUACAGCCACCAAAUCUAGCUUUGCAUUGAGCUACCUAACCUAUGUUUUGGUUCAUUGUUUUUUUAUAACUUGAAAACCGUACAUUAGAUAUUUGUAGUGAUAAUUUGAGCAUCGAACCAAAAACAUUAUACUACUUUCAGGAGCGUAGCUAACCCAUUUUUCCUGGGGAGGGGGGCAAAGCCAUGUGCAUGGUGUGUUCUGGAAAGGUGAUCACCAUUGACCGACCAUGUAUUGUAUCUACUUUUUUUUGGGGGGGGGGUACCCCCGCUAGCUAUGACGAUGACUUUACCAUGAAACGUUCUAUAUACGUGCCGAUUAAAUAACCUAGGCAUGAUUGUGUAUGAGGGUUGUUCAAGAUUAGACUGGGACAUGUCCCGUCAGAAUUCACGAAGUAUAUAUCUAUAACAUGUAAAUGAUUUGCUUUAUUUGACUACUUACUGGAUUAUUGCUCUUGUGCAGUACUGUAGACCAAUAUUCAGGGAUGUAGUGUAAUCCCUUGUGGUCAUGCAUCGUUUACGUGUAUAUAAAGCAUUGUCUUCAUGUGUAUCACGUGGUUUAGGAUAUGCAAUUGUUCUGAUUUUCUGUACUUAUACCAGUCGUCGAGGGCCAGUGAGGGUGCAUUAUACCAAAUAUGAACGCACUUGUGCAUAGAAUAGAUCUGUAUAACCUAAUAUUUUUCCGUGCAUCAUCGAUGCGUUUUUGGGUUUCUUUGGCGUAUUUCAUUAAAUAUGCACAUUGUCACGCAGUAUUUAGUCAAGCAUCACGUUAUCUACUUUUGAUUUCCUACACUGUCUCACUGCUAGCCAUCCAGCAAUGAUAGUUCACAGAGAGGUAGCAGUUAAGUUAAUUUCGCAGAUUAUAGUAAAAAUAGUGAGAGCCUCAUCAAACUCGAUAAUUGCAUAUACAUUUGGUUAUAGCUAAGUGAACCAGUAUAGUAUUACAUUCCACAGUACUGUCAACCUGUAUGUCAUCGGUGAGCUUAAGGACAGCAGAAAUAGCAUGCCUCAUUGCCACUACAGACGCCCUGGCUGCAAUAAUUACCAGCGAUAGCGGUAUUGCAAUAUAACGUUCUGAAGAAAACGUCUAUACGUUCGGCAGCGAAGUAGUCGCAACUGUACAAACUGUAAAUAGCAGGUUUUUACUCUAUUCGACUGUGCAAGUAUACUCCUGUUUCAGUUGCAUUCUUAAUAAUAUAAUUUACUUGAUGAUGGAUA